AUGCCACAGUUUGGUUUCCCCACACAGCCAGAGAUGGACAUUGAUUCAGAGGACAGUGGAAACUUGUGUGUGAUGCAUGACACAGUUGCACCAGAGUCGACCAUGAACUUGAUCUCUCGUCCAUUCACCUCGAGGACCACCAUUGGCUCACUCCGCCAGUUGUGGAGCGGGGGUGGGGGCUGUGGCAUGUCAUUGGGCGUCCACAUCUGCUGCUGUCCGUUGUAG